UGUUGUGAUGAUGCCGCUCAGCUGAGUGCCACAGCAUUUCAUCAAGAGGGUUUCAUGAGCAGACAUGUCUGCCUAUAUCCUGGGUGUAGAUGUGGGCACCACGUCGGUAAAAGCCGUUUUAAUAGAAACUGGCUCCAGAUCGGUGGCUGCGAGCCACACUUUGCCAACUACGUCUGAUAUAAUCGACGAUCGCGGGAUAAAGGCGAGAGAGCAGGAGACCGGUCGCAUCAUAGACACUCUGAACCGGUGCAUCGGCCUGCUGCCCAGAGACAAACUGCAGCAGGUCAGCAGCAUCGGACUGUCCGGACAGAUGCACGGGGUUUUAUUCUGGAAAGCAAAGAGCGGUUGUGAUUGGUUCAAGAAGGAUUUCUUCACAGCCAGAGACACCAGUCAGCUGAUCACCUGGCAGGAUGGACGCUGCAGCAGCAACUUCCUGUCCUCACUUCCAAAACCAGACUCACAUCUCAGCGUAGCUACAGGAUUUGGCUGUGCAACAAUCUUCUGGUACCUGAGACACAGGCAUGAAUUCCUUGAGGACUUCACAGCUGCAGGAACCAUCCAGGACUAUGUGGUGUCCAUGCUGUGUGGUCUGGACGGGUGCGUGAUGACGCCCCAGAAUGCAGCCAGCUGGGGCUUCUUCAACACCUCCACCAACCAGUGGAAUACAGACAUUCUGAAGGGGGCCGGCUUCCCUUUGCACCUGCUUCCUCAGUGUGUGCCAUCUGGUGGCUUGGCGGGACUGACGUGCUCUGACUGGCAUGGUAUCCCUGCUGGUACGCCAGUAGGGGCCGCCCUGGGAGACUUCCAGUGCUCUGUCUACUCCUGCAUGAGUGCGCGAACAGAUGCAGUUCUUAACAUAAGCACCUCGGCCCAGCUCACCUUCGCCAUGCCAGCUGACUUCAAACCUCCAGAUAGCCCACAGCCUGCCUCCUCCAUCUCCUACUUCCCUUACUUUGACGACUCGUACUUGGCGGUGGCAGCUUCGCUCAACGGAGGGAAUGUUCUGGCCACCUUUGUGCAGAUGCUCACAUCCUGGAUGAAAGACCUUGGUGCGGAGAUGAGUGAUUUGUGCCUGUAUGAGAAGCUGAUUCACUGCGCCCUGAAUCAGGAAACAAGCGACCUGAUGGUGAGUCCUACUAUCCUGGGAGAGAGACACGAUCCUCUCUGCCUGGGUCAAGCGACCAACAUCUCCACUACCAACAUCUCUCUGGGACAUGUGACCAGGGCGCUGUGCCGUGGAGUCCUGGACAACAUCACCUCCAUGAUGCCUGCGGAGCGUCUGCAGCAGGCGGGGGUCAGCAGGAUUGUGGGAAGUGGGAGCGCCAUUGCUCGCAAUGAGGUGCUGAGGCAGGAGGUGGAGAAGGCAUUUCCUCAGCCGGUGGUGUACGGACAAAAUGCAGACUCUGCUGUCGGCGUGGCCAUGGUCCUCUGUGACCAGCUUUGAUGAGAGUUGAAAUCAUGAUGAAGUGAACAUUUUGCACAUUUGAGUACAUUAUCAAAUGUCAAAACACCUCUUUAAAGGGUGCCAUAUUGUUAGAAAUUGAUUUCCAUGUGUUUUGAUUAUACAGCAGGUCAAGGUGCUAUUUAAGUACAGUGAAAGGAAAAAUGCACACAGCCUGUAUUAAAUUACUGUUUCUUUAAAUGAACCUUCAGUAAUUCUGUAACGCUGUGAUGUCACAGGAGCCCCUUUUAUAGUGCCGUUUCAUGCUGGGACAUUUACGGCUCUGUAACGUCUCGCCUGCACUAUGAAUGCACCCGAAGCAGGAUGCUGGGAUCAAGUGAUCGCACCAAUUUUACUACCUCUGGAGGCGGAAAAUUGUUGGGACUGUUGGAGGCGGGACCACUAUUAAUGGGCCAUCCUGGCAAGGUGGAAUAUUUGACGCCACGUGUGACGUCUAACACACACCUCCGACUUGGUCCGACAGUCAUCCAAUCACUGUUCAGCAGCUGCAAAACAACUGCAGUCGCGUCGCUAACUGGGCACAGCGUCCGCUGCUUAUUGUAAACAAACCGGCAUCACUAAUUGUCCACUGAGUGUCCAGUGCUUGUUGUAAACAAACAGAGGUUACUCAUUAAACACAUGCUGUUGCAGCUAUACACACUGCACUGCUACAGAGCUAACUGUGUAGCCUAUUGGCAUCGUGCUACUGUGCAACUCUGCUGCUGCUCUGUUGCACGCUACUAUUGUCUCCUCCCACCUUGUUCCCAACGCCAGACUGCACUAUGAAAGGGCACGGAUAUCACGCCUUUGUGGGAUCACUAUGAACGCCGUAAGGUGAAAAGCCAGCUCAGAUCUUUCCGGCAAUAUAGCGGGACAUUUGCACUAUGAAAGGCGCUACUGAUACUAAAAAGUGCUGCUACAGUGUCGUACAGUCAUUUCCUGGCUGUAUGAAUAGUACGGUGGUGUGGGUCUAAAGAGACAGGCGCUAAAACAGAGCAUUUCAGACUGAGGGUGAAAAUAUGUAUAUAUUCAGACAGACAGACAGUAUGAGAAUUUUUUACAUUUUUUUAUUCUAAAGCAUGUAAACAUGUUCUAGCAGAAACCCAAAAUAUGGGUAUGAACCUUGAAAGUGAGUGUAAUAAGUCCCCUUUAAACGUAAAACCUAAAGCUGCCAUUUCGCAAAGAUGCUUUAAAUUCAUCAGAAGAAAAUCUACCGUGGAAAAAUUUAUUUUUAAAUGUCAGCAGCCUCAUUAGAGCAGCAUAGAGUGUAACAACAUAAUGAACUAUUUCUUUCCAGCUGUUUGCGGAUGCAGAAGCAGUUGAAUCAGGUUCUUUCCCUGUGUGCUGCUGAAAGGCGUUAAAUGAAAUCCAUGCAGUAGAUCCAAAUCAUAGCGCUGGAAUGCUUUGAAGAUCAAAGAUUGUUAUGGAUUUAUCUGUUAUAGAUUUAUGAUCCAUAACAGCAUCACCAUAUUUGAAGGUGGACUGAUUUUUAAAGAAUAAAAUCAUGAAGCUCCUGCAUGGUUUAUUGGCAAGGCCAGUGAGAUGAGAUGAGGUGUAGCAACUAUUAACAUGUUAGCAUUCAGGCAGAAAAUAGGCUAUCAAGAGAAUGCCUUUUCCUCAGGUAUUACUGUGUCAUUUUCUCUGACUUUCAUCCGUCUCAUGGUUUCUAUGUCGUUGCAUGAAGGAGCUUUUUUCCUUUGAAUUAACACUCAUCUUUUCAUUGAGUCCAAAGAGUCAUGUGGGGAAUGAAAAGGAAAAUUACUAAAAAAAUAAGUUAAUAUGCAACUUAAUCAUUAUAAUAAACCAUCGAAGCCGGUUGAUUUUAUCGCAUCUUCAUUACCUCUCAUGUUAUUUGAAACUUUUGUCCAUUCUAGGAUCCCAUGGGAAUGACGAUUCGUCAUUAGGUGAGCCGUGUCAUUUCUUUGAUCUGGAGUUAAUCAGUGCUCAUUUACUGUUCUGCUCAGUUUAUCCCAGCAAAUUAUUAGAGCCAAGCAUUCUGGUUGUAUUUUUUGUUGAAUGUUUAGACAUUUUCCAUGAUUUUCUUGAUAGUGAUUUUGUUUAUUAUCAAGAAAACCAUGGAAAAUGUCUAGAUAUCAGCUCUUGAAUUAAACUCUUAUCAGCUAUUUUUGUUGUUAUCGUUGUAUUUGUCCAAACAAAUGUACCUUUAUUUGUACCAGGCAUUAAAAUGAACAAGAAAACAAGGAGAAAACAAGGUUGGUGUAAUCAUCAUAUAUAUAGUACAUUUUUCAAUAAAAAUGUAUCACAAAAAAGGUGUAUAAAGUUUUAGUUGGCCUUA